AUGGCCAACGAGGUCGUCUUUGCACGGCAGUUCCUGUCGCAGCUCGAUGCGCUGCCCACCAAGCUAUCACCGGACCAUGUGGAGGAUCCAAGAUCAUACCCAGCCAGGGCCGCCUACAUCCUCCCGAGGCCGCCCAAGGCCAUGAGCAAGCCGCAGGGCCGGGCCGCGGCGCCGGGCUCAGAUCGCAGCGUGGCCGUGUCGCUGCGGUCGCUGCGCAACCCGCCGCUCGACAUCAAGCUCGCGCCGCAGCCCGUAUCGACGACGUCGGUGCAGGACGUCAAGGCCGCCGCCGCCGAGCAGGCGGGCCUCCCCGCCGACAAGAUGAAGCUGCUGUUCAAGAAGAAGCCCGUGGCGGACAGCAAGACGCUCGCGGAGCUUUUGGAAGGCAGCGGCGACGGCGACACGGCCGUCGUCGAGUUCACUGUCAUGGUGCUCGGCGGCGCCGUCCCCAGUCGGCCGGCGGCUGGUGCCGAGGCUGGAGACGUGCAGAUGAAGGAUGUGGCGGCGGCCGCGGCGCCGGCUUCGACGUCCACGGCUCAAGGGGUCAGCGGCGUCGACGUGCUCAAGACUGACGACUUUUGGACGGACCUCAAUGGCUUCCUGCUGCAGAGGGUGAGGGAUGAGAAGGUAGCGGAUGAGGUGUCUGGCUUGUUCCGAAAAGCUUGGGAAAACAAGUCAUGA